AUGUCUGGAACGUACCCAUUGAUUAGUGCUGGUUUGGUUGAUGCGCCUGGUUCCUCUGUUUCUGCUCCCGUCAUCGCUGGCUCUACUGCUGUGAGCCCACCUGCUGCUGCUGCCGCUGAAAUGGCUUCAAGAAGGGCAGCCGAGCCAGCUCCGCUUGCACAUUCAACCUGGAGGAACAAGGGCGGCAGCAAAAGGCUAGUCUUGCAGCAGCUGCCUGGUCGCAGCAAAAGCGUCACAGAGAAGCUCAGAAGACACCGGGUCAGCGAUGGAUUCAAACGGCUGGCGAAGGCCAUCCCUGCAUCGUGGAUGCGUCAGAAGCAAUUGAAGAACUUCUCUUCUCGAACUGACAUGGCUUCAUUGUUGCAUAUUGCGGUGGAUUUCAUAAAAGAUCUACAGGAGCAAAAAGUUCAGUUGUCACAAGCGUACAUGCAGCACGUGGCAGCAAGGCUCCAAUGA